CUCCAUAAGAGCCGACCCUGGUGCAGCUGAAAAGAACAGACUAAUCAUUGCGCUGAGUGCAUCCGAGAGAGAGUGUAUGGUAAAAGUUGAGUUUAUAGAAAAAUCUAAAAAAUGGCGGAAUUUGUGGAAAAACGUUGCGAGGAUAUGAUCCCCGAGCUGGAACAAAUGGAAAGAAUCAAACUAUUUAAUAAAAAUGAGAUUCGGGCUAUUGCUAGAAAAUACAAAGAGUUUGAAUACAAAGUUCAACGUCAUACAAAGUGCAAGAAGGACUAUGAACAAUACAUACACUAUAAAAUGAAUCUCUUGGCAUUGAUCAAGCAGCGAAGACAUAAAUAUGGAAACUUAAAAAAGAAGUCGGAUAUUGAUUAUGCUAUAGCAAAUAAAAUUGAUAAUUUAUAUAAAAAUGCAAUAUUUAAAUUUCAAGAUCUUUCAUUAUGGGUUGACUACUUGAAAUUUUGCAAACAGAUACGUUUUCGCAGCAACAUCAGCCAUAUGUUAGGCAGAAUGUUACAAAUACAUGGAAAUAAACCAAAGUGCUGGCACAUAGCAGCAUGUUGGGAACUAGAGGAAAACAAUAACAAGCAGAAGGCUUGUCAAUAUAUAUUUAGUGGUUUACACAUACAUCCAGAUUCACCAUUAUUAUAUAUGGAUGCUUUUAGAUUUGAGUUGGAUGAUUACGUAUCUCCAUCUAAUGACGCUGCAAAAACUGAGGAUCAGGAAGAUGAUUCAGAGUCAGCAGCAGAGGACAGAGAGGUGCCGUUGUCAUUGGACAAGGCAUAUCUGAUAUAUCAGCAAGCUUCAGAGCAUAUUCGUGACAUCAAGUUCAUAAUUCAGUUACUUACUAUUACUGAAGAAUAUGACAACACAGAAAAAUUGCAGAAGAAAAUUACUUGCGACAUGAUUCAAAAUUAUCCUCACGAACCUUUAAUAUGGGACAAGAUUGCGCAUCGUGAGUUGGAUGGCUUGGUACAACCUGAUCUCAUUGACAUAUCGAUAGAACUGGACAGUUCCGAGCAAUCCUCGCAAAGGAGUCGCAUUAUCUCUUGUAGCAAGGUCUAUCAACUAGCCUUGCAGAACAUUGAAACUGAGGAGAUGUGGUCACUCUACAUAGAAUGCUUAUUGAAUAUCAAUAAAGAUCUAGAGUCGUUACCUAAUUUCAAAAGAAAACUCCUGAAGACCGCCUUGGCACAGGCUCAUCGGGCGAAGAAGUUGAAAGAAAAAUAUUACAUAUAUUGGAUUGAUAUGCUAAGUCUCAAAAUAGACGACGAGGACUCGCGGGAAAGACUGUAUCAGUUUAUAUGCAAAGUUACCGAUGCUGUACCAAACAGCGUGAUCCUUUGGCAUGCACGAAUGAAGCACUUGCUGCUUUCGAAACAAGACGAAGAAGCGGCAGCAAUAUGUCCGAAGGCGACUAGAAUAUUGGGGGAGAAGGCACUACCUCUAUGGAAAAUGUGGAUUCUGCAUGAACAAACUACAAACCCAAAGAAAACCGAAGAGGUGUUUCAAGCCGCUUUACAAAUACAUCCGCUUAUUGCCAGAGAUAUAAAGCCUUAUUAUAUCGAGUGGCUUGCAUCAACAAAAAGUAUACACGCGGCUCGUAAAGCGUACGACAGCCUGUGCCUGCAAGCGCCCUUUUCACUGGAAUGCUAUAAAAAAAUGGUGUCGCUCGAAGUUAUGCAGCCAGAGAUCUCUUUGAAGCAUGCACGACGACCUCACGAGCUGGCGACGCAUUUAUUCGGCAAAAACGACAAGUCUGUCUGGAUGGAUUACAUCAAUUUCGAGAAUAAGCACGGCGAGCCGUGGAAAGCCGGUCAAAUAUACGAGAGAGCGUUAAAAGAACUGGAUGGCAGUCUGACGUCUUCUUUCAUCGAGGAUCACGUUCUAAUCAAAAUUAAUCAAUCACAAAUGGAACAUAUAUCCUGAUCUAAGAUCUUUUAAUGCUUUGUAGACGAAAUAAUUUGGAGGUUGAACAACAGUCAAGAAAGAAGUAUUUUUAAUACAGAUGAAGAAAGAAUGAUGCAUAAAUUAUUAUUAAUUAUUAUUAGUUAAUUUAAGGUGUAAAUAAGAAGUAAAAAAAUAUAUAAAAGUAAAUAUAUAAAGUAAAUAUAUUGAGAAGAAUA